UGACUGUUGUGUGCAAAUUUUGUCAGUUGUCACAUUACUGCCUGAAUGAAAUUUUUGAACUUAACCUUAGAUUUAAUUGUCAUUCUGAGACCUAUUAUUUUAUUAAAUCUUACAUUAUUUCGAUAUUAUGUGGACACGAAAGUCUUUAAAGAAUAGAAUUUAUUUAAAACGAAUAAUUAGUACAGACGUAAGUUAUUUUGGAACCACACAUACCACUCAUCAACAAGUACCUGCUGUAAAAGACACAGAAGAUAAGUAUGAAAAGCAAUUAAAAGACUUCCAAACCAUAACUAAUGUGACGAAGAAAGUACGAACUAAAAAACCACAGAAACCUCUCUUUGUUAAAAAUUUCCUUCUAGGCAAAUUUGACACUGAUCUCCUCACUUUUCCUGAGCUAAAUAAAGAAGAUACUAAACUCCUAGAACAAGAUGUAAGUUUAGUUAGAAAUUUAAUGAAACAAAAUCAUAUGAUAGACUGUACUUCAAUGACAAGGAAAUUUCGCCAGAAUCUGUCUGAUUUUAAAGCUCUAGGACUGCAAGCUGCCCAGUUAAUGAAUGGAAGAGAAUGUAAUGUUACUGAAACUUCUGUGUUUUUAGAGGCUUUAUCGGAACAUAACUUGAGAAAUUCUAUAGUCAAUAAUGAACAGUUGGGGAUACAGACUCUAAAUAGGUUUGGAAAUGAUCAACAAAAAGUAAAAUAUUUAACAAAGCUAAUGAAUGGUGAGAUGUUAUCUGCAACAUGUAUAUCUGAGCCUCAUGCAGUAGAUUUCAAUUCUUUUUUGACAAAAGCUAAACUAUCUUCAGAUGGGAAGUAUUGGGUUUUAAAUGGCAUGAAAUCUGCUGUGGUAAAUGGAAUAUCUGCGAAUAUUCUGUUUGUUUAUGCAGUAUCACAAGUUGUAAAGCGGGAUAAUCUAGUGGAAACGGCAUUAACCGUUUUUGCAAUUGAUAAAGAUGUGCCGGGAAUUAGUUAUCGUGAAGUUAGCAACAGUGGUUUAGAACUUGCAGAUAUAACUUUUACCGAUGUUCAGAUUCCAGUAGAAAACGUAAUUGGAGAAGUCAACAAAGCACAGUCUAUUUUAUCAAGAAUAGUAACAGAUCUCAGAUUAAAUGUAGGUCCCAUGGCUAUUAGUGUCUCGAAAAAAAUUCUCAAUAAUGUUAUUACAGACAUAAGAACCAAAUCUGACGAUAAGAAUUUGUUACAUGAAACUGACGCAAUAAGGGACAGCAUUGCUGAGAUGGUGGUGUCCCUAUAUGCUAUGGAAAGUAUGUUGUACCUUACAACAGGACUUACUGAUAAUUUUAAAGAUCAGGAUAUCGAAGUGGAGUCUUCGAUCGUUAAGGUGUUCAGUUCAUACAGCACUCUGAAACUAGCAACUUCUGCGCUGGAGCUCUCAGGCAUAAAUUUGAACAAAAUUAGAAAUCCACUAUUUCAUAUACAUUUUGGGCUACGAAGAGCGUGGACAAAUAGAAGAAAUAACGAAGAUAACCCUAAAUUGGAUUUGGAAUUAGGUGAUUAUCUUCAUCCAUCAUUGGAAAAUAGUUCCAAACAGUUAGAGUAUUGUAUUAAAAGAUUAGAAUUUGCUGCAGAAGUCUUGCUUACGAGAUACGGUCCAGAUGUAUUAAAUUUCCACAUGGACAUCAGAAGAUUAGCAGAUUCAAUUAUAGAUACUUACGCGAUAGCAGCUUGUUUAAGCAGAGCUUCCAGAUCUUACUGUAUCGGUUUGCAACAUGCAGACGUAGAAAUGAUGCUGGCUACGACGUUUACAAAUUCCGCUACAGAAAGAGUAAAGGAAAACGUAUUGAAAAUAUACUCAGGGCCUUAUAAUACAAACGAUGAAAAUCACAGGUUGAUAUCCAAGAAGAUGUUUAAACAUAAUAAUGAUGAACAUCCAGAUGUUCAGGUUGUGGAGCUGAAAUAUUUAAGAGACCAAUAUUACGAAAAUGAAAUUGAUGUUGGCUUAGACAUGACUUCGAUUAGAACGUUGAUAUUGUUGGACAAAACAUUAAACCAGAUGAUGUUAUUUCCGCAAGAGCAUAAUGUAGAGGAUAACGAUCAAAGUUUGCAACGUCUGUCCCUUGCUCAUGAACGACUGCACUCAAUGCCUAAAAUUUUACUCGAAGAAGUAGCACCAACUGUGAAAAUUUUGGAUAUUAGCCAUAAUGAAUUUGAAAAAUUGGAUUUUUUAGAUCAGUUUCAUGAACUAACAACUUUAAUAUGUGACCACAAUGAUAUUACGUCUAAUCAAAUUUUACCGUUUUUGCCAAAACUCGAAUUACUAUGGAUGAAUAAUUGUAAAAUUUUGGAUAUAUAUCGUUGGGUAUAUCGAUUAAGUAGUUCUUGUCCUAAUUUGAAAUAUUUGUCACUUAUGGGUAACCCAAGUAUACCAUUUUAUACAAAUGGAGGGUCAAAUCUUGAGCAAAUGAGGUACAGAUUAUUUAUUUUGUCCCUUUUCCCAAAGUUAGUUCACCUGGAUGACAAACCUGUCACUGAAGACGAGCGUAAGAAGUCGCACAAACUCUACCAUAAAGAUAUUCUGGAAAUUAUUGCAACCAAAGCACAGCAAACUAUGCCGGAUUAUAUGCGAAGAGUAUCACAAAGGAUGUCGCAGCAAAUGUCAGUAAUGUUAUCAUGCGUCGGAACGUCGAAUUCGGAAACCAAAAAUUUUAUUGUUUAACUAUAACUUAUUAUUUUUUUAUUCAGUAUUUUAAUAAAGAACAUUUUUGUACAAAUAUAUUUAAUCGUGAUGUUUUAU